AUGUUUAUACAAUUUUUAUUAUUAUUAUUACCGUUGGUACAAUGGUGUUAUGCUACAACACAUACUUUUAAUUUCACAACUAGUUACAAAAAUGUUACAAUUCCAGGUACUGAUAGACAAAAGCAAGUCAUAGCAUUUAACGAUGAAUGGCCUCUUCCUGAGAUUCAUAUCAAUAAAGGGGAUCGCGUACAAAUAUAUUUGACUAAUGGAUUUGAAGGUAUUCACAAAACUUUGACUUCGUUGCAUGUUCAUGGUAUAUUCCAUAAUACUUCAUAUGGUAAUCGUUUACAAAUGGAUGGCCCCUCCAUGAUUACACAAUGUCCGAUCCCACCAGGGCAAACUUAUCUUUAUAAUUUCACAGUUGAUGAGCAAGUCGGAUCAUACUGGUAUCAUGCACACCAAGGUGCACAAUAUGGUGACGGGUUUAGAGGUGCUUUUAUUGUUCAUGAUCCUGAAGUUCCCUUUCAUUUUGAUGAAGAAAUGGUAUUUACAUUGACAGAUUUAUAUUAUGAGCCUUACUACGACGUGGAAAAACAAUUUAUGAGUAGAUAUAACCCAAUGGGGAAUGAACCUAUCCCUGACCAAUUUUUAUUUAAUGACAGAUCUUGGGGGAAUAUUCAUUUCAAUGUCGAUAAGACAUAUUUGAUCAGAUUCAUUAAUGUAGGGUUAUUUGUAUCUCAAUAUCUAACCUUAGAGGAUCAUUUGUUUGAAAUCGUUGAAGUAGAUGGUGUCUACGUAAAAUCUAAUAUUACGGAUGUCAUAUACUUGGCAGCAGGUCAAAGAAUCUCUGUAUUAGUACAUUCCAAGAAAUCAAAGCCUGAUAAAAAUUAUGCACUAAUGCAAGUGGUUGAUGAUACAAUGUUGGAUACCAUCCCUGCUGAAUUAAAGUUACAAAUUACGAAUCAAGUUAUAUAUGAUGAUUCAUUCGAUGCUGUAGUACCAAUAAAAAAUUUAACCCAGGAGACACUCGAUAAACAUGCAAAUAACGAUUUCUAUUUGACUACUUUACAUGAGACGCCAUUAUAUGAGAAAUAUGAUAAUCAAAUUGUACUGGAUGUUAGAAUGGAAACGUUGGGAGAUGGUGUCAAAUAUGCAUUCUUCAAUAAUAUUACAUAUGUCCCACCUAGAAUUCCUGUGUUAACAACCGUAUUAACAUCAGGAAAAUUAGUAACCAAUCCUAGCAUCUAUGGGGAUAAUAUCAAUGCCUUUAUCCUUGAGAAGGACGCAAUCGUAGAGAUUGUCUUAAAUAAUUAUGAUACAGGUAGACAUCCAUUCCAUUUCCAUGGUCAUAAUUUCCAAAUCGUUCAAAAAUCACCUGGUUUCCAUGUUGGUGAGAAUUUCGAUCCCAGUCUGCAGGAUAAGAUGACUGUUCCAUACAAUGAAUCUAACCCUUUGAUGGAUUAUCCUGACUAUCCUAUGAUUAGAGACACUGUUAUCUUAGAGCCUAAUGGCCAUACUGUUAUAAGAUUUAAAGCGGAUAACCCAGGGGUAUGGUUUUUCCAUUGUCAUGUAGAUUGGCAUUUAGAACAAGGCCUUGCCGCUGUAUUUAUUGAGGACCCUCAAACUUUACAACACCGUGAAACUUUGACGGACAAUUAUAAAGAAGUUUGUAAUAGUAUUGGUAUGGCUAACAAAGGUAAUGCAGCUGGUCAUUCUGAUGAUUGGUUAAACAUGGAAGGUUUACCAAGACAACCCAAGCCGUUAGCCCCUGGUUUCACCAUAAAAGGGUAUACUGCAUUUUUUGUUUCUACAAUUGUCGGUUUAUGGGGGUUGUACAGUAUUACACAAUAUGGAUUAAUGGAAGUUAUUCCAGAUGAUGAAGUUACUUACACAACUCUAAAGAAAGUUCUUGAUGAUAACAGCAUCCAAUAUUGA